CGCCAGGAGAGGCGACCUCGGGGGCCGGGGGCACGUCGCGGCGCUGAUGGACCUCGUGGGCCCCGACGCGCACGUGCCGGUGAGUCCGCGGAGCCCGAGGAGCCCGGCCCCGUCCGGGGUGGUGAAGGUGACCAUCAACGGCGGGGGCGCGGAGGCGCAGGAGCGCAAGGCCUCGAUCGCCUGCCUAAGCGAGGCGCUCCAGGCCGCCAACUUCGAGGCCGGCAUCUGGCGCCAAAGGGCCUUCGCGGUGUCGCGGGAGGGCGCGCGCGAGCGGGAGCAGGCGCUGCGGCUGAUGCAGUUCGACCUCCACUCCGCGCUCAAGGGCGCGGAGGAGGAACGCGAGCGGCUGACCGCGAAGAUCUUCGAGCAGGAGACGGCCGCGAGGCGCACGCUGGCGGAGCUGGAGGCCUCCGAGGCGGCGCUGAGCCUCGCCAGGCAGCGCGGUGACCAGCACCAGGCCGCGUGCGUGGAGCAGCUGGUGAAGUGCGAGGCGCUGACGAGGACCGUGGCCGAGAAGGACAAGGACCUGGCGGCCAAGGACAAGGACCUGCAGGCCCUGAGGUUGGACCUCAGCGAUUGCCGCGAGAGCAGCGAGGCCAAGCUCCGGAAGCUGUCCGUCGCGGUCGCGGCGGCAGAGGACGCCGCGAGGCGCGAGGUCGACAGUGCCCGGGAGGCGGGCCUGGCGGCGCGCCGGGAGCUGCUGGAGCAGCGCGCGGAGGGCGAGCGCCUGCGGGGCGACCUCGACGGCCUGCGCGCGGAGCUGCAGGCCUGCCGGGCCGAGGGCCACGCCAGGGCGGAGGCGCUCCAGGAGACCCUCACCCGCAGCGAGGCCCAGUGCAAGCACCUCGGGGGCGACCUCGCGAUCCUUCGCGAGGAGCUGCAGGCCGCCCGCGCCGAGGGCGAGGCCACCCGCGGGCAGCUGCGGAAGGCCCAGGAGGACGGCGAGGCGCGCCGCCAGCAGCUCGCCAGCGCGCUCGCGGAGGCGGAGGGCCGGCUGCGGGAGGCCGAGGCCGCGCGCGAUGCGGCCCGGCAGGAGCUGCAGGAGACCCGCUCCGACGGCGAGGCCCGCUGCAGCCGCCUCAUCCGGGAGCUGGCCGGCGUGCGUGGCGAGCUGGACGGCGCCCUCGAGCAGGCGGAGUCGCUGCGUGCAGGGGGCCGCAGGGCGGAGGCGGAGCUGCUGCAGGUGCGCGCCGAGCGCGACGCGCACGCGCGGGAGGCGGGGUCCGCCAGGGAGGAGCGGGACGCGAGGCUGGCCGACGUGCUGCAGCUGCGCGCCGAGCGCGACUCGCACGCGCGGGAGGCGGGGGCGGCCAGGGAGGAGCGGGACGCCAAGGUUCGCGCCGCGCAGGAGGCGCAGCGGCAGGCGGAGCUGCUGUCGGCGCAGGUCGGCAAUCUGCAGGCCGCCCUGGACAACUCCAACGUCAGGCAGGCGGACAUCGCCAUGGAGAGGGAGGUGCUGAGGGAGAGGACAAGGAGGCUGGAGAGCGUGCUCGCCCCGGACCAGGUCGCGCGGCUGCCCUUCAGCCCCGCGCUGUCGUGCGACUGCUCGCCGCGCGGCCUGACCCUGCCCCUCAGCCCUCGGGGGAGUCAGCAGGCCGGGAGCCCGCAGGCCUCCGCGGCGUGGGGCCAGGGCCGUCCCCAGUCCGCCAAGUCGGGGAGCCCAGCGGCCUCCACGGCGCUGCCGCAGCUGCCCAGCGCGGGCACCGCGUCGCCCGCGAGGACGAGCGCGGCCUCCGUCCACGCGGCGGUCACACCGGCGACCGCGAGGGGCUCGCUGGGGGACCCCAGCCCCAGCAGCGCCGGGGUGUCGCCGCAGCCGAGGUCGCUGCCGCCGGUGCAGCGGCCGCAGUCGUCGAGGGGGCCUCGGAAGGACUGACAGGAUUCGUUGGGAUGCGUGUGAGAGCGUUCGCCGUUUUACCCCUGCAUCGAGGCCCUCCAAAAAGCGCGAAGGCGCAAUCUCUGGACGCCUCCUUGGCAGGCUCUAGUUUUGCCUAUUGCACGUUGUGUUCGUGCAGGAGCCUUCGCGCGCUCGUUCCACAUGGCGUGAAUUCAGUCUCCAGCCGUCUCGUUCGUACGCCUUCUUUCUGCACAUUGCUCGUCGCACUCUCCGACGAGCUUUUCACGCACGUACUUGUCAAGCUUGUAGCGUGCCGCUUCCACUUCCUAGUGCCAGCGCGGAGCAA